AAUUCCUGAAAACAUGAAAAUCAAUAUGAAACCCAGUUCCUGAGGUGCAGACAUCAGUUUGACGACAAUGUUGAAGUUAUAAUGAAUUGAAAAUUCGAUAUGGCAAGAGGCCGGAGCGUUCGUGCUUAUUCUUUCGGGUUUUGGUCAUUAGGAGAGUUGAAACAGGUGUAGUGCGGGAAAAUCAAAGAUGCACCUGCAUUUCGAAAGAACGGUAAAUGCAAAGAGCGAUUGCCCCAUUCUGUCUCUUACCUGGAUGGGAAAAGUGCCUGAUGAAUUGCCAGAGGAUGAAGGAUGGAAACUCAACAGAACAAAUUACUAUCAGGAGGGAUGGCUCGCUACAAGCAAUGUCAGAGGUAUAGUGGGAGUGACCUUCACAACCAGCCAUUGUAAGAAAAACGUAGACUACCCUCUUCGCACAAAUUACAACUUGAGGGGCCACAGAUCGGAGGUGAUAUUGGUAAGAUGGAAUGAACCUUAUCAAAAAUUAGCAUCUUGUGACAGCUUCGGAAUAAUUUACAUAUGGAUAAAAUAUGAAGGGCGUUGGUCAAUCGAACUGAUAAACGAUAGAAACACUCCCGUGACACAUUUUUCCUGGUCCCACGAUGGUAGAAUGGCACUAAUUUGCUAUCAGGAUGGCUACGUUCUAGUAGGUUCUGUAGCCGGACAAAGAUAUUGGUCGUCGAUGUUGAAUUUGGAAUCUACGAUAACAUGUGGCAUUUGGACUCCAGAUGACCAACAAGUAUAUUUUGGAACUACUUCCGGUCAAAUCAUCGUUAUGGAUGUCCACGGUGCUAUGGUUUCUCAAGUUCAGUUGAGUUCUGAUAUUGGGAUCACAUCUAUGUCCUGGUCAUGUGAAAAAUUCAAAAUGGAGGAAGGUGACGAUAAUGACAGUGGAGUUACAAAUUCAGGGGAGAGAAAAUUUGUCUUGGCUGUCGCUCUUCGAAACGGCCUAAUAUUUUUGUUGUCCACAUAUGACGACGUCUCACCAAUACAAAUAAAUACAGAACUUCAAGGACCAUUAUGUGUGGAAUGGAGUAACUCAAGAGAAUUCUUAGCUGUGGCCGGUGCUACUAAUGAAACCUCUUCUCCAACGACACAGACGGAAUAUACCAACCUGUUGAAGUUUUAUAAUGAAAAGGGAUUACUCUUGUAUUCGACCGUCAUACCAGACAAACAAGCUAGGGUGACAACGAUCACAUGGGGGCACAACGACAAGAGACUAUUUUUGGCCACAGGAACCCAAAUUCACAUAGCCUGGAUUUCAAAAAGGAUAGCGUCUCUUCAACUUUUGUGUAGAUUGAGGAUACAUGAUUUGAUACCAAAAGAAAAUCAAUUGUGUCUUCUACCUCUACCAGUUCGGCUGGGAAAUAUUAUAGGAAACCUCUUUGCUCAAACCAUCAGAUGUUGUGUUCCCGAACCGAGCGCUUUGAGAGAAUUUGUUUCGAGACCACCAGUCGGGUCAGUCCGUUUACAUUGUACCAUGAUUCGACAUGAUGAUGAGACUAAUUUGUCUGCUGGAACCUGCUACACUCUCUACCUGGAAUAUCUUGGCGGUUUGGUUCCAUUACUCAAAGGAAAACGGACUAGCAAAAUAAGGCCCGAAUUUGUUAUAUUCGAUCCACAAGAGGAUUUUCAUUCGAAUGCAGUGGAAUCUAAGAGCUCCUCUUCUUCAACUAACUCAACCAGUGCAUGCGGUGGUAACACCGAUAGUUCGGAUACCGAUAGGGAAGAUGGCUGUACUGGUUCACCUCGCAUGCAGAGGAGAAGGAAGAAAAAGCACAAACAUUACACAAGCUCUUCUCAGGCUCAUCAUGACAGACAAUCAUAUCAAAGGUCGGACCAAGAACCUGAACAUGAAGAUUUGUCAUAUGUUGACACAUUACCUGAGCAAAUUCGUUUGGUGGAAGUCACAUCAAACAUAUGGGGCACAAAGUUCAAAAUACAUGGCCUAGCUUCUUCAGUGCCAGCCAAUCUCGGACAAGUGACGUACAAAACUUCUCUUCUACAUCUUCAGCCCCGUCAAAUGACUCUGGUCAUGACAGAACUGAGCGAUGACUUCCCUGUACUGCCUGAUCCCAAUUUCAACCCGAACUUGUUUUCUGAAGACGAAGAGGAAGUGGCCGCCUUGGAAGACAAAGCAGGACUAGCAAGAGUACCUAUAGAAGACUGCCCACCCAUAGCGCCUAUAGUAUCUUCUAGAGGAACUGUUCUCAACAAGCAGAAAGGCUCCUCCCAUCUCUUACCAGAGAAUGGGUUGAAGCGAUCUGGUAUCGAGAUUUUUGUAUCUGUACCUUCGCUACAAUCACCUAAGAAUGCUGUCGCUCCAAGUGAUAUAAUUUUUGACCGACCACCGGCUUCUACAUUGGUCUCCUAUUCUGCCUGUGACUACCAUACUGGAACCAAUUUACAAGUCAAGUCUAAUAUAGUUGACUCAAAACAUGAAAAUUCAACGCCCACCAUGGUCAAUAGUGACCACUCCAAAGCCAUCUGCAACAAGAAAAUGGAAGAAAGUUUGGUAGAAAUUAAGAAAACGAAAUCGGUUUCUAAUGAAACUAAAGAAUUGAGCUUCAUCGGGGAAGAUCCUUCUACUUCAGGACUGUCUACAUCUCGAAGACUUCCUCCACCAACGACCUUCAUGAUCGAAUCGAUGGUUCGAAGUUGUAGUACCUUUGAGGGUAUCAGACUUCCUCCACCAACGACCUUCAUGAUCGAAUCGAUGGUUCGAAGUUGUAGUGUAGGUUUUUUAGACAACAUGGAAGCUCAACUCGUCCCGAGCGAUGCUUCAUUAUUGAUGCUGCGUAAAGACAUUCCGAAACGUUUAGUAUUGGUAGACAAGAAAGCUAAGUCGCGAAGGCAAACUCGAUCCUCUUCAAAACAAUUAGAGCAUCUUCCAAAAAAUGGCGAUAUAAAUCCUAAACUGAAAAGUUAUGGGAAAUCUAAGAGUCUGGAUUCUAGUGACAUUUUCCCAAAUAGCGAUACCAAUGCUAAUGCGUUCAGAAGAACAGAAAGAGUCAUUCCAGAAAUAGAAACAAUCGAAAACUCUGUUUCUCAAAAUAAUUCACCGACGAUACAAGAAGAAAAUAAUAAGAACAGCAAAAGGAAAACUAGAAGAGAAUUCUUCUCUUCUCCAUUAUUGAGGAGAAAAAAACCCGACAACACUGCCAAUGAUAAAGGAAGAAGCAGAAAUAAUCAGAAAAAAAUGAAUGCCAAUCAGCAGAACGCGAGUAACGCUGAGAAAAAUGGUGUUGCGAUUCAUACCCAAGCAUUGGCAAAUUUGGAAAAACUCAUCACAAGGCUUAGAGAGGAUGAUAAUAAGUCAACUCCUUGUUCUUCUCCAAAAUUACCAAGAAGUUCUCCUGCCUCUCCCGCACCUAGCAAGAAAGGAAUGAGGCCACAGUCUGCAUCUCCUAUAAGGAGAAGAUUAUUGAAUUCACCGUUAUUGGGUAGAAGAAAUAAGAAGAACAAAAACCAGGAAAGUUCUGAUGAUGAAGUUAAUGCAUCAGGAGAUGAAAUUUUCAAUGGAAUGAAUUAUAGAGAUUUGGAAACUUUCCAGAAAUCACAACUAAGACAAAAACUCAAAAGAGGCAAAAUAGAGCCAAAUGGGAGCAGUUGCAAUAAUUCAGUGAUUCAACAGAGAAGAGAGUUUGUUAUGCACAAUAAAGCACCAAUGUGGAAUGAAAAUAAUCAGGUGUAUCAACUAGAUUUUGGUGGGAGAGUAACUCAAGAAUCGGCAAAAAAUUUUCAAAUCGAAUUUCGAGGCAAGCAGGUGAUGCAGUUUGGUCGAAUUGAUGGAAAUGCCUAUACUCUAGAUUUUCAGUAUCCAUUUUCGGCCCUUCAAGCAUUUGCAGUGGCUUUAGCAAACGUUACACAAAGACUUAAAUAAAUUAAUUUUGUUUUGAAUGUGCCAAUUUUCGAAAUAUUCAGUCUAAUGUUAUAUUGUGUUUGAUAAUGAAUUAUUUCCAUGAGAUGAAAUUUAUAUAUAUUUUAUACAUGUUUUAGAAGAUACGUUAAUUUUUUGAGGAUCGUGCUAUAAUUUUUAAUUGAUAUCUCUAUUGUAUUUGAAUGUUACCAUUAUUGGUUAUGAAUAAAUGGGGUUUCAUAUCGGU